AAAUUGUAAUCCUACAAGAAUUGAAAAACGACGCAAUUUUUCAUCAAGAAAUCCUAAGUAUUUGCCAAUGCAGAACAAAUAAUUCCAGAUCCUGAGACUGAAUAUUCUGAAGUGUCAACAUCUGUUUCACUGACAGCGACUUCUGAUUGGCUGUUGGUAAUCUCGCAACAAAUGGAGCCAGCGCCCUUGCGUAGGUUCAUCACAUCGUGUUGGUGUGAGUAACGUUACAAGAACGCUACCCGCGACUUGAUUUCAAGACUCCUUUUCCCCCAGGAAUCCAUCUCUAUCUCCGUCACGAUGAAGACACUGCUAGUCUGCGCCGUACUUUCCACUCUAGUCGCUGGAGCGUACUCAGUAAUCUGCAUGUCGUGCGCAGUGGGCCCUUCAUGUAACCCGGUCGAGAAAUCAUGCGAGAACGGAGAGGGUCGUUGCGUGACCGCUUGGGGUACCGUAAACGGUGUCAUGCAAUACUACCGCGGCUGCGCCUUUGUCAACCACUGCGAUUUCAAUUGUACUCACUAUAUCAACGGAAGCAGUGACUGUAACCACAAGUGCUGUGAUGGAGAGAAGUGUAACGCAGGUCCUUUCCCGUCGAUGAACGUGACAAGCACGCAAAGCGCAAACACCACCCAGGGGACCCCUGCAGGGGGGAAUUCCACUGAGACCACCCCCACGAGUGAUCGGUCGGAUGUGGCUCCUGUCCUGGCAUCUAUGGUUACUGUAGUGCUGGCAAUGGUAUUGGCUUGUCCUCUGAACUGAGCGGAAUCCCUGCUAGCAAUCUAUUUGGGAUUUUUAGACCCGGGAUUUAGGAGAAGGACUGAAUAUUUGCUGUUGAGAAGAUGGAAAACAACACUCAUAAUUAACUGAGCGUGGGAAAGAAGUCGCCAAAAUAAAGCAGCUUUCUCAGAUGGGAAAAGCAACGCACAUUCUUAGUUUAAAUGUUACGUUCUCAGUUUCUAGUUUAAGACCAGACGUAACCGUUAUAAAGUCAGCCAUUUACUCUCAGUAUCACUUGCCGUUCUCCGAGCAAUUUAAAAUUACAUCAAGAACAAGCUUGGAAGCCUCUCGCCGGGGAAACGACCUGUUCCGUUGGGCGUGGUAUUGGACAAAUAAAUUAAGUCUUCAACAAAAUGACCUUUGCGCCUGAAAACAAUGCCCUUUGCGAAGUAGUACAGGUUAAGGCUAGGGAUAGGAACAAUAUGAAGAAAGUCUCCUGGUGAAGACAACUCGGCGAAUAUUUAAAUUCAGUGUGAAGUCUUCGUGUCUCAGCCGAUAAAUUGGAAUAGUUACUCCUCGAUUGCAGGAUUAGAGAGAAAUGAUAGGGUGAAUAGCAAACAAGACAUUGUAAAAGAGAAUUAGAUUCAGCUCUACUUGAAGGCUACUCUUAGUAAUUAUGAUUAAAAAUCAAAUAAAGUAAAAGUAGAACCAAUUGGAAUUAAUAACCAAUAAUAGAUAGUUUUAGCUGUGCCCUAGGACGGGCCUCAAAUACUUUUAGAAAUUUAAUCAAUUUAAUCAUGUGUACAAUAAAAUAUUGGAACCAA